UUUUUAAUCAUUAUAUAGAAACUGUUUUCACUAUUCCUGGGGCUGAUCCUAACUUUUGUCUUUCAUUGUAAAUGCAUUUUGCCUGCUGUAGCUUCCUCACUUGCUUAAAAAUAAAAUAUAAAAUCGCGUUCACCUGUUGCAGAAAUAAGCAGACUGGUUACGUAACUGAAGGCUGAUGCACUGAGCUGAUGAAAUAUGAUUAGGUGAUAGUGCUUGUACAGUGGUGGAAACUAUGCUAAUGUACACACUUCAUUAUUUAAAAACUUGCUAAAGGCUUCAAAACAACUAUAUCUCACUGAAUAGUUUAACUUUUUUUUUUCCUCACUCCCCUAGGUCCCAAAACAGUGUUCUUCUGGGCACCUGUUAUGAAAUGGGGUUUGGUAUGUGCUGGAAUGGCUGAUAUGACCAGACCAGCAGAGAAGCUGAGCACAGCACAGUCUGCAGUAUUAAUGGCCACAGGCCUUAUUUGGUCAAGGUACUCCCUAGUUAUUAUCCCUAAAAACUGGGGCCUGUUUGCUGUGAACUUCUUUGUUGGCUGUGCUGGUGGUUCUCAACUCUUCCGAAUAUGGAGGUAUAAUCGGGAGCUAAAAGCAAAACAAGAGCAGUUGCAGCAAAAGGAUGCUUAACCCUACAGCCCAAACCCACUACGCACAAACCCUUCCCAGUGGGACCUAGCUUCACUAAUUUUAAUCUUUUUCCUCUAAGUAAUGAAAGAGGAAGUCUAAACGUCUAGCGAGCAAGUUUUCUAAGUGCAAAUAACUAAGUAACUCUAUGCAUUUAAAUAAAGUGCAACCUUUUAAAUUUAA